CCUCGCCUCCGCAGCCAUGAGGGUCCCCGCAGCCCCGGCCCUCCUCCUCUUCCUCCUGGCGCUCCUGCCGCUGCCCUGCACGAGGGCCGCCCCCCUGGAAGGGAAGGGUCCGCUGGUAGUCCACUUCCCCGGGGACGCGGUCAGCGGCUUGACGGACCGGGAGCUUGCCGUCCGCUACCUCCAGCGUUACGGGUACUUGACGGCGACCAACCCCGGGGGACAGGUGAAGCUGGAGACCCCCCUCAAGGCCAUGCAGAAGCGGCUGGGCUUGCCGGAAACAGGGCAGCUGGACGCCUCCACCCGCGCGGCCAUGCGGGCGCCCCGCUGCGGAGUGCCCGACGUGGGUAGCUUCCAAACCUUCCAGGGCGACCUCAAGUGGGACCACACAGACCUCACCUACCGGGUGGUCAACUAUUCCCCUGACCUGGACGGCUCCAUCAUCGAAGACGCUUUCGCCAGAGCCUUCCGGGUGUGGAGCCAGGUGACGCCCCUCACCUUCACCCGCCGGCAGGAGGGGGAGGUGGACAUCCUCAUCCAGUUUGGAACCGGAGAGCACGGUGAUGGCUACCCUUUUGAUGGCAAGGACAACCUCCUGGCCCACGCCUUCCCUCCCGGCAAAGACCGGUUCAGCGGGGACGCCCAUUUUGACGACGACGAGCUCUGGACGCUGGGCACGGGCAUAGUGGUGAAGACCUACUUUGGCAACGCCAACGGCUCUUCCUGCCGCUUCCCCUUCACCUUUGAGGGCAGAAGCUAUGCCUCCUGCACCACCGACGGGCGAGAUGACGGGCUGCCCUGGUGCGCCACCACCCCCAACUUUGACCGGGACAAGAAAUACGGCUUCUGCCCCAGCGAACUCCUCUUCACCUACGACGGGAACAGCGACGGACAGAAGUGCGUCUUCCCCUUUGUCUUCGAGGGCAAAUCCUACCAGGGCUGCACCACCGAUGGGCGCACAGACGGCUACCGCUGGUGUGCCACCACCGCCAACUUUGACCAGGACAAGAAAUAUGGCUUCUGCCCGAAUAGAG